ACAAGCCUCAUUGCAAGAUGAAAGAACAUCUCCUAUUCUAGAACGUAAACCAGCUUCUUUCAAAGCACCCUCGUCCAGUCAGAUAGGAGACAAUACAAACACAACUGCAAAGGAAGAUAAAGCAAUCCAGGCAAAAGCAUUCUCAGGUGAAUAUGAUUUACCAUCGCGUACAGAUCUUGUUUCAGUAAAACCUCAAGACGUUUAUGCCCAUCUGAAUGAAAUACGAGGUGAUGAACCAAUUGAAAUUGGUGUCAUCCAGAAUACUCCACCACGUUGGCGAUUAGAUGGGCACAAGAUGCAUCAUGGUGAAAUGAAAAAUAUCGUUAAACGGCUACACGCUCUUGUUCAUUGUACUGUUCAUCAACAAGAGAUUUUUGCUCACGACAUCGAAUUCGCUACUGACAAGUUUUUAACAAACAUUUCGAAAUGCAAAAGUAUGAAAACAGAGAGAGGUGAUGUAUAUUUAAAAAUUGUGCAGAAGUUACUUCAAGAUAAUGAAAAAGAAGCAAAAGAACAAUUCAAUAGAGCUGUCAGUUACAAAUGUCAUUCUUUAGUGGUUAAAGGCGGCAUCAAGAAUGAAGACGACUGGUGUAAUGAACUAAAUCAAUAUGCAAAAGACUACUUUCAAGAGCAUGCUGUUGAGCAAACUUUUCAGCAUAUGAAAAUAGAUACUUUCCGAAUAUUCAUCAAACAAUCGAAAGAAAAAUGGAAAUGUGAGAAGAACGAUGCACAAGUCGAUCAAGUAUUAGCCACUGGUUCGGGUAAAUCGUCACUCGUACCUGCCUUACUUGCUGGUGCCGGAUAUGAUAGAAUCAUGGUCACACAACCUCGUCGACUUGCUUGUACUGCGAUAUCCACUCGAGUCAACACGACAAUAGGUCAAAUAAGUGGUUGGGCUGUAGCGGGUGCACGUUCAAAGAAUAAUGAGACUACAUCUAUUAUUUAUCUUACUGAUGGUCUAUUAAAAGAAUUAUUACAAUAUUGCGAAGAGAGAUUGCUUGAUGAUUUUGCCAGCAGCACACAGGGCACCGUAUUUUUCAUCGAUGAAGUUCAUGAACGUUCGAUUAACAUUGAUCUUUGUCUCGCAUUGCUUGCUCGCCUUCUUCGAUAUGAUCUUAAAGGCAAAGUCAAAAUCAUUCUCUCCUCAGCCACACUGGAUGAAUCCGUAGAACGACUAUUUUCAGAAUCAAAGGAUUAUUUUCCUCUCAAAAUUGAAUCGAAAUUACGUUAUGAAAUAAAGAUAUAUCCAAAUUCAAAUGUCAAUAUGUUUGAUUUGAUUGAGCGUCUACUGGAAAAGUGUCAAAACAAUGAACAAAUCUUAUGUUUUGUUAAAUCUAAUUCAGAGGUGACACAAUCCAUCACUCUACUCAAAACACUAAAGAACAUAAAUGCAUUUCCUCUGGUAGAAUUUCAAUCACCUAUUCUACAACAAAGACUCGUUGCUGAAGAACAAAUUUUCUUCUCCACUACUGUCGCUCAAACUUCUCUGACAUUUCCCCGUCUCAAAUAUCUUAUCGAUACAGGCAUGAUCAACAUGUCAAUUUAUGAUCCAUAUAGAGAUACGACGGUACUCGAAGGACUACCUGCUUCUGAAGCCACUUUGAAACAACGAAAAGGUAGACUAGGACGAACACAAUCAGGUGAAUAUUUUCCUCUUUACAAAUCCAAUACCAAACGUACUCAUUUCCCAACACCACAAAUAUGUCAAUCGGAAUUGAGUGAUGUGGAUUUUUCCUUACGAAAACCUCCAGUAAAACAAAAUCUGUCCGAUUUCAAACGAUGGCUACCGAAUCAACCAGACAAAAAGAUUAUCGAUCGAGCAAAUGAAAAAUUGAAACAUUUAGGUCUUAUCAAUGAUCAUGGAAUGUUCACGAAGAAAGGCGAAGAAAUUGCUCAAUUACCCGAUUUUGGAACACUGCCUCUAACAACAUCAGUCUACGCUGCUCUAACUAAGUAUAAAUGUGGUCGAGAUGUCAUACUGAUCGCAUCUCUAUUGAGUACAUUAAAUACCUCAGCUAUUUUUCAAAAACUACCUGCUCGGUAUCAUCGACUGGACGAAGGAGAUUACAUGUCACUGCUUGUACUUAUGAACGACUUAAUCAAUCAAACAACGAGUAUCAACAGUAGUGAUAUGACAGAUAUUCAACAUAAUCUUCGUCGAGCUUUAUGUCGUUUACGAGUACUUGAAUCUUCAAUCAAUCGUGGAAAAGUAUGGCAUAAAGAAUCGCAAAUAUCUAACGGUCAAUGGAGUGUCAUAACACAAGCAUUUCUUGAUGGAUAUUGGGAGAAUGUAUAUGUAUCACUUAGUGAAUUACAAGGCAGAAACAGACAGUAUGAUCGAUAUAACAUAUCUCUGGAAGACAACGAUUCACGUAAACAAACAGCAAUACUCCAUAAGUCUACUACCAUUCCCGAUGAUAGUUAUCCACUACUUAUAUUUGCCAAAGAUACACUUUGUUCCACGGCCGUACGUUCUACCUGCGUUCUAUCCUUCUUAGGAAUUCUCAAACCUGAAUGGCUUCAUGGUACAGUAGAACGUCCGUUGAAUGUAACUACGAGUGAAAUGAAAACAUUUCAAUCAUCACGAAAACUAUCAAACAACGGAAAUGUUAAAUGUUCAACAAACGACGAUCAGAUUUUAAUCAAAGGUCAUGGUGGUGAUGUUCUUCAAGCAGAACAAAAAAUACGACAACAAUUAAUGAAAACAUACGAAUUUAUAUUUCCCGAUGCAGAAGAUUUAACAAAACAUCCGAAAUUGAAAGCAAACAUUAUUAUUGUUUUACGAGACCUCUCAAUACUUUUACCGAUGAUUUGGCGUUGGAGUAAUGAAAAACAAGCCAAAAUUAAAUUGGAGAAACAACCACCUUCUUCAUGCAAGGUAAUUGCACAAUGCCGAGAACAAGAUUAUCGACUGAUUUACGCUGAAUUUCACUCUUUUGUCUACUGGUUGACUCAAUGUGACUCGAUGCAGCUAAAGAACUCGACAAGAAAACCUCAAUUGCUCACAAGUAGAGAUCCGGAUAUUGAAAGAAGAAUCAAUCGUAUAACCGAUACCAGUCUCACAUGGGCCCAUUUAAAGCAAGCAAUCAAUGACAAUUCCCGUGAAUCUCGUAUGGACGUUGUAGCAUGGAUUGCUGUAUGCAAUUAUGGUUGUCUUCUUCAAGGUAGUUAUGUGCGUGAUAGAAUAGUACAAAAUCAUAUUAAGCGUCCAAAAAAUCCAAAUCCACGAACAUGGGUAACGUUUAAUCAACAAAUAGGACUUCCUCAAAUUGUACCAGACUUAGUGCCCGCCGAUAUUGAUUGUCAUUUACCAUCGGGCACAUAUUUUGACGCACAGCGUUUUCUCGAUGAAAUGCAUCGAUAUGAGUUUGAAGUCGAAGUAUUUCGAAAUCAUUGGCGAUAUGUAUUACUAUUCGAUCGAAAUGUACCAACUGGUCCUUUCACAAUGAAUCUUAUUGAGCCUCAUGUUGCUCUUACGCAUAAUCGACUAGAUUUCGAUGGAAACAGUUUGUAUGUGGAACGUAAAAAGACAAAAUAG